AUGGGCAAUCCAAACCUCAUCUUAACUUUGAAGGCAUACGAGGAGACUCCUGGGGUCAGCGCCUUGCAGUUGCAACAUAACAGCGAUCGCUAUAUCCCCCCACCCAGCGAGUCCGAUUUCGAUGUCCGGAGUCGAGAGGCCACUCCUUUUCUGGACCCCGACGAGAAUAAUAACGAUCUGAGAGCGCGAGAAACCCAUCGACUCUGUUUCACUUUUGACCAUCCACCGAAGGAGAUUGGGCGGGGCUUUUCAUUCGGCACAGACCAGAAAUGCGACGUCUUGUUGGCUGAAAACAGAGGCCAACGAGGUAUUAGCGGGUUCCAUUUCUAUAUCACCUUUGACGACAAAGGUUAUCUUAUUAUUAAAGAUGAGUCGACCAACGGAAUCGCUGUUAGCUACGAUGGUUGGGGAGCAGAAAAAAAACGACAUCACUUCAAAUGGAUCGUAUUCUCCGAUAGGAAGCUGCGGAUCCAUCUUCCGAAUGGGUUCUAUCUUGAAAUUGAGUUGCCGAAUCAUGAGACUUGCCAAACUGAGUAUCAUGUCAACCUUAGGGCAUAUCUGAGAGAGAAACACGAAGCAUCCCUUCCGCACAGCUUUCCGGACAUUCACAGUCACAUUACAACUGCAUUACCAAGUCAGCGGUUGUCUCCCAGAAAAGCACCCAUCUAUCUGCCGGGGGACAUACUUGGCAAAGGGACGUUCGGAACCGUUCGUUUAGUGACGGAUGUGAGCACUGCAGAGGUGUAUGCAGCGAAAGAAUUUCAUUUUAUUACUAAGUUUAACUUCAUUCAAGAAGUGGAGAUUAUGAGAGGAAUCUUGCAUAGGCAUAUCGUUCGAUUUAUAGCUUACGAUGACGAAACUCAACCCCAGCUGAUCAUGGAAUACCUACCUCUUGGAAAUCUGGCGGACCAGCAUCGCGAAUGCCCUCUCAGUGGGUCAGAGCUUCGACAGCUCCUUCUUCAGGGCCUUGAUGCUCUGCAACACCUCCAUUCCUUACACAUUGUGCACCGGGAUAUCAAACCAGAGAAUAUCCUUGUUCAGAAUCGCCAUACACCCUUGCACAUAAAGUUAGCUGAUUUCGGUCUCUCGAAAGACUUAUCCUUUCUCAAAACAAUGUGUGGAACACCAUCUUAUAUUGCGCCAGAAGUCCUGGAAGUACAUAGAGAACGUUUAAGGUAUCCAGGAAACCACACUAAUAUCAGCUAUGACAGGAAAGUCGACUUGUGGUCCUUGGGAGUUGUGGUGUUGCAGUAUGCAGACAGCCUUCCGAACAUCAUCCCUAUGUCUCAUGAAUGGUAUCAGCACAUCUCUAUGGCUGUUGAAGACCUUUCCGGCCGUGGAACGGACCAACCUAUGUUUACACUUCUGCAAAAAAUGUUGCAAAUACAACCUGAAGACCGACCCACGGCGAUAGAGUGUUUUCGUGAAGCUUGCGACAUUGGUUUGGAUAGCGACUCCUCUUGCGUGACUCCUACAAAGGCAGACAAUGGAGGUGACCAUGGCUUAGGCAAUGAAUUAUCCCAAUCUAAACUAUCAACCCAACUUCAUUUGCUACACAGCAACGAACCGGAUUCCCCCACACUGAUCAAAAGACAGCGAUCGUCACGUGGAUCGAUUGGACGCCCCAUCAAAUGUCAACGAGACGAAAUCCAUAGCCUAAUUGUUCAGAUGUUCAGUGAUUUGCAUAGGCUGGGAAUUCUCCGUGCAAAUGGCGACCGGAAAGUGGUUGAGAUGCUUGAGACAGAGUUCUCUCAAUUGCAGGUCACUAGUGUCGAAAUUGUACCAACCGAAGACGAAGAAAUAGUAAUCAAGGCUGUGGAUUCCAGCAACAAGAAAUUUGUCCUUGCUUGCAUAGAACCCUCGAGUUCGAUACGAGAUCCGUUGGAUCUCGUUCUUCAAAUUGUCGCUAAUUUUCGACCCUCUGGAGCAUCACUUCGGGAUGAGCAUGCAACACUUAAGCCUCGGCCUCCACCGAAUGAUCCAAUCAACCGAAGAGCGCGGCAGCAUGAUCUAUCUUCACAUACCCUUCUCCAGAAAUCGGCUGUACCUAAAUCUAAUCUUCCUAUAGCACAAGAAGUUGUUGCUGAUGAGACAAGAGGGACUAAGCGCUAG